ACGUCACGUCCGGUGUGAAUUUUUACGUUCCCGCCAUCAUCGUACUGAGCUGAGAGGCGUCGUGUAUGAGUCCUCUGUCAACAGGAUCCAUACAAGGUGCAGUUGAAUGCCGGCAAAACAAACUUUGGGCCAGCGGAGGACUUUCGAAACGACAUUUUGAUAGGGAGGUUUUCAAGACGAGCAAAUACCAAUAGCAGGAUUUAUUUGAUCCCAUCCUCCAAGGCAACAGCCAUGGCAACAGUAGUGCCCAAACUCUCCAGUGGCGGCGCUAUUAGGAUCCGCUUCAGUGGUUUUGAUUUUGGGACCACACGGUGGAGAGAAGGAACUUUUGAGAUCUUGGAAAAGGACAAUAAAGUGAACCUCUCCAUAAGAUUUAACUGUGGCGGGGCAUCCAAAACAUUCCAGCUGAAUCAGAACGUGAAGAGCGUAUGCCCGAAUAUGACCCGAAUCAUCCUUACCCUGAAAGACAGCAGCGUCAUCACCCUGGACAAAAUGUCUCCAUCUUUGGCCCAGAAGACGAAAGACUACCUGGAGAAGAUGAAGCAAGGAAAAACAAGUGUUUUAAAAUCGUCCCACGGAAGUGCAAACUUUAGUGUGCUUAGCCGUCGCUCAGUGAAAAAUGAAACCAGUUCCUCUGGAGAGAGGCAGACAACACCAAGGCGGCAAAGUGCAGAGGGGCGGGAGGACUCCACACCACGUAAACCUUUGGGCAGCCCGAGCAGAGCGGCCUCCACACCCACUCGAACUGGACUCUCUGAGAAUAGAAGCGAAAAGAGAAAACGACUCCUCAACUCUGAAAGUGACUUGACUGAGGAUUACCCCAAGGAAAAUGACUCCUCAAGCAACAACAAGGCCACUUCUGACCCAUCUAGGAAGUUUUUACUAAGCUGCAAAGACAAGCUGAAGCUGCCGGAGGACAACCGGAGUUUAGGCCCGCUGGGAUCAACUCCCCUCCAACCAACUGCAUUCUAUGGUAGUCGAUCCGUGACGAAAGAUUAUAGCCACAGCCACUCUUUUAUAGAAAGGCCUUCAAGUACAUCACAGACUCCCACAGCCAAGCGUAGUCUUCUACUACCCAAUCACUCCACUCCUUUCAAGAAAGUACGCCCCUCUCUAGAUUAUGGUGGCUGGAACAAGCAGAGACCGUCAACUGCGGCCCAGCAGCAGCCUCCCCUGCAAGGAUUUUCAAAUUUGGGCAACACUUGCUAUAUGAAUGCCAUUCUGCAGUCGCUCUUCAGCCUGCCUUCCUUCUCCAAUGACAUGCUGAGGCAGAGCAUCCCUUGGAAGAAAGUGCCCGUCAAUGCUUUACUCAGGCGUUUUGCUCAUCUUUUGGCUAAGAAGGAUGUGGGCUGCCCAGAAACACAAAAGGACCUAUUGAGGAAAGUGAAAAGUGCCAUCUCCUCUACUGCGGAGCGCUUCUCUGGAAAUACACAAAAUGAUGCACACGAAUUCCUCAGCCAGUGUCUGGACCAGCUGAAAGAUGAUGUAGAGAAAAUUAAUAAAAGCUGGACAAGUGAUGCUCAGUCCUCCUCAUCUGGGAUGUGUGACGGUGGCCAUGAGGCAACAGCACACCCACCGGCAACCAAGGCAGACCCCAGUGAAGAAGCGGACACGUCUCGCAUAUACACCUGCCCUGUGGCAGUUAACAUGUCAUUUGAGGUGCAGCACACAAUCACCUGCAAAGGUUGUGGCGAAGUGGUGACCAAGCGAGAGCAGUUCAAUGACUUGUCCAUCGACCUACCUCGGAGAAAGAAGACCCUCCCACUUCGCUCUAUCCAGGAUUCUCUGGAUCUGUUUUUUAGGUUAGAGGAAAUUGAAUACUUGUGUGAAAAAUGCAAUGGAAAAGCAGCCACGGUUACACACAAAUUUAGCAAACUCCCCAGAGUGCUCAUCCUGCACCUGAAGAGAUACAGUUUUAAUGCCCAGCUGUCUCUGAACAGCAAGCUGGGCCAACAGGUGGUGAUACCCCGCUACCUGACCCUGCUGUCUCACUGCACUGAAAGUACACGACCCCCCAUCAGUCUGGGUUGGAGUUCACAAACGUCCAGACCCCAUAAAACAUCACAGUCAGUCAACUCUUCCUCAGCACCUCUCCGGCGGGUUGGAGGAAAGUUGGUCAGUUCCAACAACACAUCUGUCCUAGGGGAUUCGGACAGCGAGGAAGAGCUUACCAGAAAAGUGAGCAAUAGCCGCAAACGACGACUCAGCAGCUGCCUGCCAGAAGAUGAUGAACGACUAGAAGAGCGGGGAACGUCAAUGGAUCCACCACCCUUCAGUGGUAUAAAUGAUGAUGAAAUGUUAGAGGCUGUGCUGGAGAUUAGUCGCCAGGAGGCAGGUAUCUCUGCUCCUCUGGAGGAGGAGCCAACAAGCAGCCCAGACACAGGUUUUGGGGACACAGAUGCACAUGACCUCGCCUAUCACACAGAGCUGCUGGACACGGACACUAAACAGCCUACGGAUGUGUUGGACUCUCUGGACUUGACCAUGGAUGAAAACAAAGAGAACCAAACUCCAGAGAGCAUGCAGCAACAGGGGGAACUUGAUUGGGUUCAGCAGUACAAUUUGGACCAGGAGAGGGAGGAGCAGGAGUUGCAGCAAGCGCUGGCCCAGAGCCUCAAGGAGCAUGAAGCCCAGGAGAUGAGGGAGGAUGAUGAUCUGAAGAGGGCCACUGAGCUCAGCUUGCAAGAGUUUAAUAAUUCAUUGCCUGAGCUGUUGUGCUCAGAUGAUGAUUCUGGCAAUGAAGACGUGCUCGACAUGGAGUACACUGAAGCAGAAGCUGAGAACCUGAAGAGAAAUGCAGAGUGUGGAGAUUUGGCCAAUUCUUUUCGACUCAUCAGUGUCGUCAGUCACAUUGGGAACAGCUCUUCCUCUGGACAUUACAUCAGUGACGUGUACGACAUGAAGAAGCAGUCAUGGCUAACGUACAAUGACCUGGACGUGUCACGGACACAGGAAGCUGCCGUCCAAAGAGAACGUGACCGCAGUGGAUAUAUUUUCUUCUACAUGCACAAGGAUGUGUUUGAGCAGCUGUCAGAAAUGGAGAAGGCUGGAACUAGUAGUACCUCGGAUGUGGGGAGGAAUGUCCUGCAGCCGCUCUGAGGUCUUUGAACACCAAUGGUAACCCCUGAACAUUACUUGAUUGGUGUUUCGUCUCAAGAACUUUAAGUACUACUGAUUGCUGUCCAGUUUUUUCAUUUUUGGCACUUAUUUUCUUCAACGUGUUUUGACGGGUUACAGUAACACCUAAUUGCUACCGAAGGUGCAAAACUGUCAUGACCACAAGUUGCCAAAAAUGCAGUUAAACUGUUCAAUUGAACAAUGUUUUGUUCAUGUUUUGGUGGGGCUUCAGUUCUUUUGCUACAGUUUUAUCAAACAACUGUUUUGUACAGGUUACAUUUCUGUUUCUUGAUACACUUUGAACUUUGAUGCUGUGUUCCUACAGACUUAAACGCAGCUGUAAAAUAGCAGAUGCUACUAUCGGAGCUUCAUGAAUUAUGCUUUUCAAACUUUAUUUCCUUUAUAAAGUAAAUAAAAAUAUUAUGUUGGAUUAUAAGCUAUUAUAGAGUUAAAGGGUUGUUGUGUUUAGCGGGUACUUUUGGUGCAAUAUCUAUGUCUUGGCACAAAUUCGCCUUGCUGUGUGGAUUUCUUUUUCCCAGCUGCUUUUUGUGCAUCAUGUGUUAACAAGUUCCAGCAAAGACCUCCUGUCUUGAGUUUUGAUCUUGUGCCUCCUCAAUCUUUUAGACAUGUAUGUGACAAGCUUUACUUUCUUUUUCAAUAUUUGUCAAAUUUGUAACAAUUUUAUAGUCUGAUUUUUCUAUUUAUUGCAGUUUAGGACUUAUUUCUCCAUAUUGACCAGUCAAGUGGUUAAUGGGGAUACAUCAUUCUAGACCACCAGGGAAGCAAGCUACAGUAUGUUGUCUUACUCAAUUAAAGUCUCUUCACCUUCACAUCAAUCUCUUCAAGUUAGUUUGCUGAUAUGAGACUUUUGUCUUUUACUCAACACUGUUGUGUCAAACUGCUGUCACUUCAUUGCUUCAUACAAAGACAAACAUUUAGUGAUUUACUUCCACUUUGGAUUUCUAAUUUGAUUUACUUCCACAAAACCCUCCUUGAAAUGCAGUGCAAAUAAGGUGCAGUGAGCAGGUCUUUCUAGCCCCCCCACACCCAACUGACAUAUUCUUACAGUAGA